AACUUCUUCAGUGAACAAUCACUUUGUUUGUAGCCAUUCAUGCUACUUGAUGUCGUAGUCUGAGGCAGGGAGUUAAACGGUGCCCAGAGUGACUGACAGGUUUUCCUAGUCAGAGACAGUCGCGAUGGAGGACGAGGAGUGUUGGCUGCAGUUGGAGGACUACAGACUGCUGCUGCUGAAGACCAUCGAGCCGUCUCGCAUCACGCCUUACCUGCGGCAGUGCAAGGUGCUGAGCGGCGAGGACGAGGAGCAGAUCUUCAACGACCCCAGUCUUGUGCUCCGAAGGCGCAGAGUGGGUGUCCUGCUGGACAUUUUGCAAAGGACAGGGGUCAAGGGUCAUGUGGCUUUCCUGGAGAGUUUGGAGCUGGACUAUCCUCAACUGUACCGCAAGAUCACUGGCAAGGAGCCAGCCCGAGCCUUCUCCAUGCUAGUUGACACAGUGGGGGAGUCAGGGCUGACCCAGUUCCUGAUGUCGGAGGUGACCCGGCUGCAGAAGGGUCUGGCGGAGGAGCGCAGACGCAGGCAGGCGGCGUCUGCCGCCGCGGUGGGCCUGCAGGACGCAGACAGGCAGCAGCAGCUCAAGGAGAGAGAACUACAGACCCAGCAAGAGAGGCUGCAGCGCCUCAGGGCUGAGCGGGAUCGAUACCUGGAGGAGCUCCGUCACCUGAAGGACGACAACUACGGCCUGAUGCUCCAGGUCACCAAGCUGAGCGAGGAGAAGAACUGUGCUCUCAUGGCCAGCCGAGACCUGCAGCUGGAGAUUGAGAAGCUGAAACACAACCUGAUGAAGGCAGAAAGCGAUUUCCAGAUCCAGCACCGGCGAUCCAAGUCCCUGAGGAACAUUGUGGAGAGAUGGCCUGGCCAGGACACCAUGACACAGCUUCAGAACCAGAACCAUCUUCUCUCAGCUCGGUUGCAGGAGAUAGAGACCAAGGUACGCCAGAACCAUCUUCCCUCAGCUCGGCUGCAGGAGAUAGACACCAAGCAGGGGAACGCGUCAGGCGUUGUGUCUGCCCAACUCCCAGACAAACAGGGGAGAGACAGUGUUGUUGCUGACCAGAAGGCUGGGGACCAGGUCCAGAGGCCUGUGGAGGUCCAGAGUUGUUCCUGGGAGCUCCAGGGAAGGAGGAGGAGUCUGGGAGACCAGGAGAGAGCAGAAAGGGCGGAUGACCAGAACCCUGGGGUUGUUCGAGCUGGAGUUCCGGGGGAGCAGAGACAGAUGUCUGGGGGUGUGGAAGAUAGUGAGCCACUGGUGAACGGAGAGCAGAUAAGCAGCAUCUACAGCCUGAAGAGGGAGUUGCACAUCUCUCAGGAACAGAGGGACAGGUACUGGGAGGAGAAGGAGGUGUUGGAGCUGAAAUGCACAACGUUAAAGAAAGACACCAAGAUGUACCGCCAGAGGAUGGAGGACAUCUUGAAACAGCUGGAGGAAGUGAUGAAGGAGAGAAACAAGGCCCUGGCUUCCAGAGAGGAGAGUCACCAGGAGAACUGUCGGAGUCUUCUGGAAAAGGACCAGUACCGGAGGCAGAUCCGUGAGCUGGGGGAACGCUGCGAUGACCUGCAGGCCAAACUGUUCCGCAAGGAGGGGGAGGUUCUGGCCCUCAAGACACGCCUCCGCAAGCACUGCACCAAUCACGACGGAAGCCAGACCACCAGUGAGGAGGACUGCAAGCAGAAGUUAAUAAAAGAAAGAAAAGCCAGCAGCGAAGAAAUGUCUAGUGGAACCUUUGGAGAGAACUAUGAGAACAUGACCCUGCUGGACCAGCAGAGACCUGCACAUGGAGACAGGGAGCAAAACCACUCUGCAGAAGGCCCUCCCUAUUCAGUGGUCACCCUACCACGAAUGAGGUGUAACUUUGACCAUAGGAGGAAACUUGCCCUAAGGUCAAAGGUCCACAGCCGAGUGCAUCCACCCCAUGACGACAGCAGUGGAAGUGACAACACGGACUCAGAUGGUAUCUGAUGGCGUCAUGGCUUAGACUCGACGCGUCUCUUUGGCUUUGUUGUGAAGUGGACCCUCUGCCAUAAUCGAUGUGCUGUAUCUUUUUUAUGACCCUGUAUGUUAAUGAAUAAAAACAUUUUAAAAAUGUA